GACGCCACGUGUAAUUGCAGCUCAGCCAUGGAUUCUCUUACAAAUUGGCUGCUCCCUGCGCGAAUUCAUUUGACCAACUUCAAAGUCCCCAAUACAUUUUCUGGGAUUCUUUCAAGUGUUCUGCUUGAAGAUUACCCAAAUCAAUGGCGACAGUGGCUGCUUCUCACUUUGUUUCGAUAACUUCCCAUGGAGGAGAAACCAAGGCCAAUCUGAGUCAGAUUGGGUUGAGGAAUCAACAACAACUCGUGACUCACAAUGGUUUGAGGUCUUUGAACUCACUACACAGGUUGAAGAUGAGGACCAGUGCAGUGAAAGAAGCUCACCCAAACGCAAGCAACAAGCUUUCUGGAACAAUUGUUUGUGGAACAGGGAUGAAUAUUGUCUUUGUGGGAGCUGAGGUUGGUCCUUGGAGCAAAACUGGUGGACUUGGGGAUGUUCUUGGUGGUCUUCCUCCUGCAAUGGCUGCUAAAGGACAUCGUGUUAUGACCGUGUCUCCUCGGUACGACCAGUACAAGGAUGCAUGGGACACCUGUGUCUUAGUUGAGCUGAAAGGUGGGGACACAACCGUGACUGUUCGAUUUUUUCACUGCUACAAACGUGGAGUCGACCGAGUCUUUGUCGAUCACCCUAUGUUCCUCGAGAAGGUAUGGGGCAAAACAGGAUCGAAAAUCUAUGGCCCUAAGGCUGGUACGGACUACAAGGACAACCAAUUGCGAUUCAGCUUGUUGUGUCUGGCUGCUUUGGAGGCACCAAGAGUUCUAGAUUUAAAUAGCAACAAAUAUUUCUCAGGACCGUACGGAGAAAAUGUUGUCUUCGUUGCCAAUGAUUGGCACACCGCUCUUCUUCCAUGCUAUUUGAAAAGCAUGUAUCAAUCAAGGGGCAUCUAUAUGCAUGCCAAGGUUGCCUUUUGCAUCCACAAUAUAGCCUAUCAGGGAAGAUUUGCCUUUGCAGAUUUCACACUUCUCAAUUUGCCUGAUCAAUUCAAGAGUUCCUUCGACUUCAUUGAUGGGUACACUAAACCUGUCAAGGGAAGGAAAAUCAAUUGGAUGAAGGCUGGAAUUUUGGAAUCAGACAGGGUCUUGACUGUAAGUCCAUACUAUGCCCAGGAGCUUGUUUCUGGUGAAGAUAAAGGUGUCGAACUCGAUAGCAUCAUUCGUAAAACUGGCAUCACUGGAAUUGUGAAUGGCAUGGACGUUCAAGAAUGGGACCCUGCCACUGACAAAUACAUCAGUGUCAAAUACGAUGCUACAACUGUAACUGCUGCGAAGGCAUUAUUAAAGGAAGCUCUUCAAGCAGAACUUGGGUUGCCUGUUGACAGGGAUAUUCCAUUGAUUGGCUUUAUUGGUAGGCUUGAAGAGCAAAAAGGUUCAGACAUUUUGGUAGCAGCUCUUCCGAGAUUCAUUGGAGAAAAUUGCCAGAUUGUUGUCCUUGGAACUGGUAAAAAGGCAAUGGAGAAGCAGCUUGAACAGCUAGAGAUCCAAUAUCCUGGAAAAGCUAUCGGAGUCGCCAAAUUUAAUGUCCCAUUGGCCCAUAUGAUUUUCGCCGGUGCUGAUUACCUUUUGGUCCCAAGUAGAUUUGAACCUUGUGGUCUCAUUCAGCUGCAGGCUAUGCGAUACGGAACUUUGCCAAUAGUGGCCUCUACCGGUGGUCUUGUCGACACAAUCAAGGAAGGAUUCACAGGGUUUCAUAUGGGAGCCUUCAACGUCGAAUGUGAUACAGUGGAUCCAAGUGAUGUAGAUAAGGUGGUAAAAGGUGUCAAGAGAGCUCUUUCUGUAUACGGCACUGGAGCCAUGAGAGAAAUGAUCCAGAAUUGUAUGGCACAGGAUCUUUCAUGGAAGGGACCAUCAAAGUUGUGGGAGAAGAUGCUGUUGAGCUUAGAGGUUGCCGAGAGUGAACCGGGCAUUGAAGGAGAGGAGAUUACUCCACUUGCUAAAGAAAACAUUGCGACUCCCUGAGCAUGGGUGGAAUCUAAUAGUUCUUUGAGUUCCAUAAUCGACGUCCGCAAGCAAAAAUGAGUUGCAUCGUCCAUCGACCGUCGACGGCGAUUAGCUACAAUGGUGGAACUAACUCCCCUGUUCUGCACUAUACAGUAAGAAGCUAUUUUUUGAGGUUGAAAACUCGUAGUGUUAAAAGAAUUGUAUACAGGAUAGUAUACUGUAGUGAUAGUAGUCUAAUGGUGUUAUUAAUGUUUUUUCAAGACCAUUGGAGAAUCAAUUCUGAUGCAUGUAUCCGUCUAUGUGGUUUUUACGAAGUAAAUAUACGAAUUCAGCUUUUGAUUCA